UUAGUUAUAUUCAAACGAGAAAACCGUUAAGUUUGAGUUAAAAUAAAUUCUUGAAGAAUUUUUGUUUGUUUCCAAGAAUUAUUGAAAAAUGAGUGAAAAAAAGUCUUCUUUACCAAUGAAGGUGUACUUAAGGCCAAGACCUUCGGGGAGUACUGAAAAUAAAACUUCAAUCAUUCGCCAUAUUACGCCUCGCGAAAUUGUAAUAAAAAAUGGCCCAACUGAUAAAAAGUAUAUCUUUGAUCAUGUCUUCAACGAGAAUGCUUCGCAACUUGAGGUUUAUGAGACUGCUGUAGCCCCCUACGUUAGUAGCAUUCCUGAAGGGUACACUUGUACAGUUUUUGCUUAUGGACAAACGGGCACUGGGAAGACACAUACGAUGUUUGGCGAGCAUGAUCUAGGCUUGGAUUGCGACCUCAGAACGGAUACCUCUAUCGGGAUAAUUCUGCGAGCUACUCAACAACUUUUUAUCGCCUUGGGUAAACUUAACGAAAAAACUGAUUACACAGUGAGGUUCUCCUUUAUUCAAAUAAUAAAAGAAGAAGUUCUUGAUUUGCUGGAUGAUAGUACUCCUUUGAGAGUUUAUGAUGAUCCAUUGAGUAAAAGUUCAGCAUAUACCAAGAGUAUGGCAAAACUUACUGUUUUUAAUGUUGAUGAUGUUAAUGAGUGGAUUAAUGUCGGUAAAAAGUCACUUACGAAGAAUGGUGGAGGUUCUCAUUCUCAUCUUAUGAUCAUCUUCUCGGUGGACAUUAGAGAAAGGACUUUUAACGGUGCAGAGCGUCUCAGAGCCGGUCGUUUGAAUUUUAUUGAGUUAGCUGGAAGUGAAAACAUGGUUCGUCCUUCCCAACAGAGAGCCAAAGAUUUUUCAGUGCUGAAUAAGUCACUUAUUACGUUUGGGAAUGUCAUUAAAGCUCUAGAGCAAAAAUUGCAGUACGUUCCAUACCGAGAAUCGAAACUGACUCGACUUUUACAAGACAGCCUCGGCGGCAGCGCCAAAGUUUGUAUGAUUGCUACAUUUUUUCCCAACAGUCAUCAUAUUGAUGAAACCAUUAAUACAUUGGAGUUAGCAACUGCAGCAAAAAGUGUCGUUAAUUGUCCACAAGUUAAUGUCUGCAAAAAACAAACGGACGUUUCAAAAGAACUUCAAGAUGAAAUAGCGAGACUGAGAAAUCAAUUAACGGCAGCAAGAUCAGGCCAAGGCUUUUAUCUAACAGCGCAUAGCUAUAAUAAAUUGACACAAGAACAAAAAGAUGAAGAUAAGAAAGUAAUUGAACGGCUCCGUCAAAUUCACGAAUUGCAAGAACAUAAUAGAACACUAAAGGCUCAGUAUGCCAAGGAAAACGAGUCGUUUCUAAGAACCAAAAUGUAUAUUGAAGAUACCGAGAAACGGUUAAAAGAGAAACAAUACAAAACAAAAGAAAAAGAAACUCUCUUAGACGUUUUGACCGAAAGAAAUAAAGAAAUGAUUCAAAAUGCAAGCAGAAUGCUUGAUAUUUGCGAAAAGACGCUUAAAGAAGAAGCAAUUAUUUACAAAAAAUAUCAAGAGAAAUGUCAGUCAAACACAAGCAAUACUAAUGUAGCACAGCAAAUUGUAGAAACUACGACUACUGGCAUUAAAGAUAUUGAACAGGCGACAAUUACUUACGCCAGUGAGCAACAAAGUCGCAUUAAAGAUCAACCUGAAUUUAAAAAUGAACCAACUGAUGUGCAACCUAUCAUGGAUAUGGCGUGCUCAAUAGAAAAUUUUAAAACAUUAGAUGCCCAACAACUUGUCAACAACGACUCGGACUGUUGCAACAAAGCUCACGUAGCAGAAUUCAUCAACAUGGUCCACACUAAUAUUACAGAGAAAUUAAUAAUCCCAGAUGAAAUUAAAGGUAAAUGGGAAGAGGUAAAGAAGAGUACUAUUAGUGUAGAUGAAGAAAAUAAACAAAAAGUUGCAGAAUGUGUCGCUAAGAUCGCCAAUCUACACAUAGUGGGACGUGACAGUUAUGAUGAAGUGUUGAAUUUCCUAAAUCAACUUUUAUUUGAUUGGGACGCUCGGGAAGAUGCAAUAAGGUCAGAGAUACGUGAAGUACAAUGUAUGCUUAGUUUUUUGAGAAGUCAAGUAGCCCGCGAAGCCGCUGAAAAGAAGGCACUUCAAGAGGAAGCUGCAGAGUUGGAAGCUAGUAUGAAAUUUAUAGAAACUGAGCUUGCAAACAGGAAGGAUGUUACCGAAUUUGAACAAACAGUAAACCGAGAAAUGAUGUCCAUUCCGAACAAAACAAAUUUGUUAUUCAACAAUCUGGGAAAUGAUCAAGUCAUAGAACAAUUUGUGAAGCUGGAAAAUGAAUUUCAUUCUGGUGCUUCCUAUCAACAACAAAUGGUCGAUGAGCGCGCUGGCGAAUUGUUGGAAACUCUUAAGUCACAUUUGGCUGACUACAAUAAUCAUAUCGACGAAACAUUCUCCAAGGUUCAAAAAGACGCCGAUACUGUUAAAACAUCCGUUUUAGAGAAAACCAUCAAGGAUUGUACCUCUGUUGAAAAAAUAAUCACUGCCGCUAAUGAAGAGAAUGCUGACUAUUUUUCCAAAACUAAGAAUAUCAUUAAGCAAACGUUAAAUAAACUGGAACCGUAUGACAAAAAGAUUUGCUUCAUGGGUCAUGUGGGAGAUACACCUGUCAAGAACUCCCAUACUCGCUUUGAUCCCGAAGAUAUUGAAAAUGUUGCUUCUUCAUCUAAUGGAGAUGAUCAUGAUCGCGAAAAAAAAUAAGAUUUUAAAGUGUUUAAUUAAUUUAUUUUAAUUUUUUAUUAAUAGUUUGUUAUGUCAAGAAUAUUGUUUAGAAUACUUUGUUUUUUAAUUCAAUAAAUCAGAUUUUAAUUCAAUAAAUUCCAGUUAUUUUAAGAGCAAAAAUC